AUGGGAUCUAAGUGUUUUGUUUCCAUUUAUAUUAAACACUGGGAAAUUCAGAAUGAACUGAGUGACCAAGAACAUAUGAUUGAGUUGGAACUACCCUACAGUGGUGACACAGAAGUGAUUCACAAGCCUGUCCAAGCUAUCACAACUGGAAAAAAUGUGACUCUCUUCUGUCAGUUGGCCAAAAAUCAUGAUAUUGUUCAAGUCACCUGGCAAAAAAACCAAACCAACAUAGCAACUUACAGCAAGGCUUCUGGCGCUACAGUGCUGAGUAACCAGAGAAAUAUCCAUCUUUCCCCGAGUAAUUUGACUUUUUCUGCCAUCACUUUCAAUGGGGUGACAUUCAAGGAUGAAGGCUGUUACAGCUGCAUCUUCAAUACAUUUCCCUUAGGACCUAUUUCAGGCAAGACAUGUCUCAAAGUCUAUGCUCUAACAGAACCUGAAAUAAAUGUAAGGCAAGUUACUAAUCCAGAUAAUAUGGAAGAAAUAAGAGAAAUAAACUGCUCAGUAACAGGAAGACCAGCUCCAGUAAUUACUUGGAAGACGAAGAAAUCUCUUCAGAUAAAGCCAGAAUUAUAUAUGAUCCCACACUCAAAUAAGACAGUAACUGUGAUCAGCACAUUUACUCAAGUCUUGUCCAAGACAGUCUCAGAAAAUUCAGUAAUCUGCGUUAUUCAACAUCCAUCUUUAAACACUUCACAAGAGUUGACAUUACAUGAAACUGUAAUCAAAAAAGCUCAAAACAAACCUCAAAGAAUUGUUAUUGCAGCUAUCUGUAUACUGGUUUCCCUAUUUCUCCUGGGGCUAUUUAUCUUUUUCAUAUACCGGCAUAGGAGACGAACACUAGUAGAAAAAGAGCAAGAUCUUCCAUGCUGGGUUGUUCCACUUUGUUCUGGAAGAACAUUAUGUAGAAAAAAUGGCUACACAAAGAAAAGAGCCCCUGUGAAAUCUGUCACUGAAGAAAAGGUUCUGGACACAUGA